AUGGUGGUGUCUCUGAUUUCAGGUGAGUACCCAGGGGCUGGCUCCAGCAGCGUAUUCUCUGUUCUGAGCAACAGGGCGGUGGUGAAACGGGAGCGCCUGAAGGCUGUGGUGGGGGGCUGCCGCCAUAGGGUCAACAACCUCUUGGAUGACAAGUAUACACCACGACCUGUGAACCAGAUCAUUUACUCUGCAAAGGCGAAGGUUGGUCAGGAGAUGGAAUACAGUCUUCUGCACGGGAACUGUGAGCACUUUGUCACCAACCUGAGAUAUGGUGUGCCCGAGAGCAGACAGGUUAGAGAUGCUGUCGUGGCGACUAGCAUCGCAGGAGCGGGCUUUGCAUUCGUUGCGGCCUUUGCACUCAUGGCAAGAAACAACAAGCAGAAGCAAUAA